UCUCGAACCUUUCAAGAUCGAAACCUCUCCCAUUAGUGUGCUGUUAACUCUUUCUACAACACAAAUUGUGGUAUAGUAGUUAACCCAUCUCAUCCCUAAUCAUGGCGUCAACUGUUCGAUCUUCACACAUGAGAAUAGAAUGUAUUUCACGGUCAACUGAUUAUCGUUUAGCACGAGCACCUGUAAUGAGGGUAUCAGCCAGUGCUGUUAGCCAUGGAUGUCCUGUGCUGACAGGAAAAAACAUUACCACAUACAUCGAUCCCAUAGCAGGGAAUACAAUUAUUCAACCUUGUGAAACCAGACAAAAUCACCACCUUGAAUACAUUCCGAACCGCAUUCCGGACUCAACCUACGUGCGCAUCUUGGACACCACCCUCCGCGAUGGUGAGCAGUCCCCUGGCGCUGCAAUGACGCGUGACCAGAAACUCGAGGUUGCUCGGCAGCUCGCGAAGCUUGGCGUGGACAUCAUCGAGGCUGGGUUCCCUUCAGCGUCAAAGGAGGAUUUCAUGGCUGUGAAAAUGAUAGCUGAGGAGGUUGGCAAUUUGACAGAUGAUGAUGGGUAUGUUCCUGUCAUUGCAGGACUGUGCAGGUGCAAUGAGAAGGAUAUUGCCACUACAUGGGAGGCUCUCAAGCAUGCAAAAAGGCCAAGGAUUUUUACUUUUAUAGCCACCAGCCCCAUUCACAUGGAGCACAAGCUCAGGAAGAGUAAAGAUCAGGUUCUUGAAAUUGCACGGAAUAUGGUGAAGUUCGCUAGGAGUUUAGGUUGCACUGACAUCCAGUUUGGUGCUGAAGAUUCUGCCAGGUCGGACAAGGAGUUUCUUUAUGAAAUUUUGGGAGAAGUUAUCAAGGCUGGGGCAACUACAGUGUCCAUACUUGAUACCGUGGGCAUAGCAAUGCCAUUUGAGUAUGCAAAACUGAUUGCAGAUAUAAAAGCAAAUACUCCAGGGAUAGAAAAUGCAAUCAUUUCAACCCAUUGCCACAAUGAUCUUGGACUUGCUACUGCUAACACCAUUGAGGGUGCUCGUGCUGGGGCAAGGCAAUUGGAAGUAACAAUUAAUGGUAUUGGUGAAAGGGCUGGCAAUGCCUCACUUGAAGAGGUUGUGAUGGCCCUGGCAUGUAGGGGGAAUCACAUCUUAGGCGGUCUACAUACAAGGGUUAAUACAAGGCACAUAUUAAAGACAAGCAAAAUGGUCGAAAAGUACACUGGUAUAAAUUUACAGUCACACAAGGCUCUUGUGGGUGCUAAUGCAUUUCUUCAUGAGAGUGGCAUUCAUCAGGAUGGAAUGCUAAAACAUAGAGGUACAUAUGAAAUAAUAUCUCCUGAAGAUAUUGGUCUUGAAAGAUCCGUUGGAGCUACUAUUGUACUAGGGAAGCUUAGUGGACGCCAAGCAUUGAGAAAUAGACUGAAAGAGCUUGGUUAUCAACUUAAGGACAGUGAAGUUCAGAGUGUAUUUCUGCGAUUCAAAGCCGUGGCUGAGAAAAAAAAGAGAAUUACUGAUGCAGACUUGAUAGAACUGAUGUCUAAUGAAGCAGUUCAUUCACAACCUAUCUGGAAGCUAGGUGAUUUGCAGGUGACUUGUGGAACUGUGGGUCUUUCAACUGUCACUGUCAAACUUGUUUCAAUUAAUGGAAGCAUGCAUGUUGCUCAUUCCACUGGUACCGAACCAGUGGAUUCAGCUUAUGAGGCCAUUAAUCUCAUUGUUAAGGAACCAAUAAAACUUGUCAAGGGUGCAAUCACAGAAGGCAUUGAUGCAACUAUCACUACAAGUGUUGAGAUUUGCAAGGAGACUAAAAAUUCAUCUACUCUUACUUCCAAUGAAGAUACAAUUCAUCCAAUAUUUAGUGGAACGGGAGCGGGAACAAAUGUUGUUGUUUCUAGUGUUGAUGCUUAUCUUUCUGCAGUAAAUAAUAUGUUACGUUUCUACCAAUGAUUCAUACCUACUGCUGGAAGACCACCUUUGUGAAUAAUGCAAUUGAGAAAUUGUGUAAAUAUAUAUAUGCUUGGGGCACCCAUGUGUGGUUUGUGUGUUAUAUAGGGUUGAUGGCAAUAAGGUGUCCUUUGUGGAUUGUUUAUUGCUAUUGAUAAUGUUUAAUGAAACUUCCUUUUGUGUUUGUUAA